AUUAUUACAUCCGAAAUCAUUAAUUAUUUGAUUUUUUAAUAAAUAAAUUUAAAUUUAUUCCCUUUGCUCAUAAUUACAAAUCAAUCCAAUAAUCACAUACCUGUCGUUGACUUGUCAAAAAGAGAAACAUAUCAAUCUAAAGUCCCCCGAGAGAAUAAAAAAAACAAUGUUGUUCAUCGAAACCAAAGCUUGACCGAGUUCGAAAUGAGCCGCGACGACGGAGACAAGCCUUCUCCGGCACCAGGGAAGAAGCUAGGCGACGAGCAGCUAGCAGAGCUCCGAGAGAUAUUCCGAUCAUACGACCAGAACAACGACGGGAGUUUGACGGAGCUAGAGUUAGCCGCGCUUCUCAGAUCCCUCGGUCUGAAGCCGAGCCAAGACCAGCUCGACACUCUCAUCCACAAAGCGGACCGGAACAACAACGGAAUCAUCGAGUUCUCCGAGUUCGUCGCCCUCGUCGAGCCGGAUCUCGUCAAGUGCCCUUACACGGAGGACCAGCUCAAAGCCAUCUUCAAGAUGUUCGACCGCGACGGGAACGGGUACAUAACGGCGGCGGAGCUGGCGCACUCGAUGGCGAAGCUGGGACACGCGUUGACGGCGGAGGAGUUGACGGGGAUGAUCAGGGAAGCGGAUCGAGACGGUGACGGGUGCAUCGAUUUCCAAGAGUUUGUUCAGGCCAUUACUUCAGCAGCGUUUGAUAAUGCUUGGGGAUGAAGAAAGGUUUAAUAAUUUGGAUUUUUUUUUUUUGUUUUUUGAGAUUGUUUCUUUGUCACUCCAUCUUCUUGCAUAUUUUGAUUUGAAAGUGUUUGUGUAGUAGUUUGUGAGAUACUGUUUCAUAUGUUCUCUGUGAUGAAAAUUUGAUAGCUUGGAGAGGAAGCUACAUCAUUGUUUAGGGCAAAUACUAUUUAUUAGCUUUGCAGUU